GUAUUUAUUCUUUAGUGGUACGGGGCACAAUGGUCGUAACGUGUGAUAUAGAAUUUGAUCAAAAUAAAACAGCCUGUUAUUUUGCCGGACAAUUAGUUAGUGGUACUAUUGUACUCAAAUGUGAUAAAGCCAAGGACGUCAAGGCUAUUCAAUUAAAAAUAUCCGGCUUUGCUCAUAUAUUAUGGAGCGAAAGAAGAUUCAAUACUCGUCGCAUUUAUCGAGGACAUGAAGAUUAUUUGUCUUCCACCACCUAUUUAAUGGGUUCUGAAAAUAGUUCCAAAACUACCUUAGCCACUGGUGUUCAUACAUUUACAUUCGCCUGUCAAUUGCCUCAAGAUUGUCCCUCUUCGUUUGAGGGUUUGCAUGGUCAUAUUCGUUAUACGGUUAAAGUUGCUUUGAUUAGACCUUGGAAAUUUGAUCAGACAUAUAAGAGAGGUUUUACGGUGUUAAGAAUGACAGAUUUGAAUUUUGAAUCACCACAGAUAAGGAUCCCCUCCAACAGUGAAGCCUAUCGUACAUUCUGCUGUGGCCCCUGUACCACUGAGCCACUUAAAAUGGAACUUAAAAUACCUCAAGCUGGUUAUGUACCCGGUCAAAGUAUACCCGUACAAGCUUUAAUUAUUAACAACACCAGCAUACCAGUUUCAGAGGUUAAAUUUGCUUUAGUCAUGCUGGUUCGUUAUAUUAGUCAAAAUCCUACACGUCAUAAUGUACAACGUAUAAGUGUGAGUAAAAUCAAAAAUGAUGGAGUGCUAAGAAAUUGCACCAGAUCAUUAAGAGAUGAAAUACAUGUACCAGCAACACCACCUACAUGUCUGCAGACAUGUGGCGUUAUACAAAUUAUGUAUCAAGUUGAAAUGGAGGUUGCUAUGAAAUCGUUUCACAAAAGUCAAGUGGUAACUUUACCGGUUAUUAUAGGCAAUAUACCGUUGGCUAAUAAUACCAGUGGUAUGGAGGUGAUACAAGAACAGCCCACCUAUAGGGAAAGACCUAUAGAUUUGCCUUUGGAGUUGGAACAAGAAAUGAGUUCAGCUCCUAAUUUGGAGUUGAUAACACCAAAUUUGCCUCCUCCCUCCUAUGAAGAGUCCUAUCAUACGGUGCGCAGUAAUAUCAAUGAGGAUGAGCAGCAUGCUUUUGGUCCUUGUGAAUUUGCUCCUUUAUAUCCAGUAUACAAGAUACCCAGCCCAACUUUUGAGGGUCCUUUUAAGCCUUUAGGCUUUGACAACAAAAGCUUUGAGCCUUAGAGCUUUUUUGUUUAUUAUUGUUGUUUUAUUUUUUUAUGUAAAAAAUAGGUUGUUGAAUAUGCUUUUGUUUUAGUUUAAUAGUUAAUUUUAUGGUAUUAUAUAUUAUUUACAAAACUUCGAA